UUAGUUUUACAAAUACCUUCCUUACUUUAAAUUUCUAGUAUUUUAUUCUUGUUAAAUGUGCUCAUUUUAUACUUUAGAAUUACGUCAAAUAUCAUGUUGGAUCUACAAUUAGUAUUUAUUUAUGACCUAGUAAAUCAAACAGAAACCUUAAGCACGACAAAAUGUGGACAUAUAUUUCAUUACCAAUGUUUAAUUCAAUGGAUAGCAAGAUCAAAGUCAUGCCCUCAAUGUAGAAACAAAGUGACAGAGAGCAGUUUGCUCAGGAUAUAUCCAACUAUAUCUAAUGAAAACCAAAACUAUGAUGCGGCAACAUUACAAUCUAGGCUUGAUGAUGCUCUGCUGCAGCUUAGACAAGAAAAGAUUGUAUGCAAGGAGAAGGAGGAUAAAAUUACUAGUAUAAUGGCUGCCUUGAAGAGAAAUGAAGAAAUAUUGAAGGAAUUUGAAAGAAAAUAUGUUUCUGCGGAAGCUGCAGUACAGGCAUUGCAGAUGCAAAUGAAAUAUCUUAAGCAAAAAAAUAAUGAGGCAGAAAAACUAAAAGAGGAGAAUGAGGUGCUUAAUAAAAAUCUGCAGACAUUAAAUGGCUUGCAGAGAGUGCUAAAUGCUACAAGUGAAGAAGUGGAACGAAUGUUGGAAGGGUACACAGAUGUUAGGACCAUAGCUACAUUUGCUACGGCCUUAAAGAGAGCUCUCUGUGAAUCAGAAGAUAAGAAAAAUAAAACAAGAGAUCAACUGGAAAUGACAAAACAAGAGCUGGCUGCUGAGAAGAAUUAUGUCAAAGAGCUGCAAACUAAAAUUGGACUGCUUGAGGAAAAGAUUUCAAUGUUCCGACAGAAAUUAAAAGAAAUUAAAGAGAAGAAGAUAAGAAUGUUCGCAAGUGAAGGUUGUGGCGACGCAGUGGGAAAUAUUGAGAAUGCGAAGGACCGGGACGAGUCACAGUGCGAGGUUGACGCGGGCGACACCGUGCGAGGAUACGAGCACAAGUCUGUGUUGAAUACCACCGUGUAUGACUUGUCGGAGCACGACACGAGCAUCAAAUCUUUAGUGAACAAGAUAGAGAGUGCAGCCUCUCCGUACCUGAACCUGCAGCAGUGCAGCCUGGCACUCUCAGUCCUGCAGCGACACCCUACCCUGCUGCAACCUGACAAACGCCAGAAGUUAUGUUCAGCGCAGAACAGAAUCGAGCAGCCGGCCUGCCAGAGUAUAUUCAGCGUCCGAGAGCGGGCGGACGCAUUCAGCUUCGUGGAUGAUGACCAGCUGUCGAAGGUAAACGCGACUCAUGACGGGCUGGGUGGGCGCGCCAGAGCUGACCACGUACCGCUCCGUAACCCCCUGCCGCGCCUCACCUUGCGCCACCGACUGAAGCGGCCUUGCGCGCAACAACCCGCCACCAUCGAUAAGUUCAUCAAGAAGUCGCGCGAGGCGUCGCCGUGACCGACGUCGUCUGUUAUUUAUGUUAUAACAUUCAAUUAGAUAUGUAUCCACAAUUUAUGUAGAUGGAGCCGAAACCUGACAGUUGAACAAGACAUAUCAAUAUGUGUAAACCAUACGUCUCGAACGGUUGGCAUAGUUGGAAGAGCGCUCGGACGUAACAAGAGAGGUCGCUGAUUCGAGUCCCGCAUCCCGUUCAUAAAUUAUUGAUACAAAUGUUAUUUAAUUAAUCCCAGAAUUAAGGGAUAUCACUUUAAAAAUAGUUUAAAAUAUUAUUAUGAUUGAUAUUCAUGUUACCAAUAAUUAUAUUGAAUCCUAAUAAGUGUAUUCAUAACUGUUAAUAAAAGUGACUGAAACUAAAUAGUGUUGAAAUGCCGCAGCCGUAUGGAAAACGAAUAAUUUUAAUAGUAUCUAAUGGCUCGGUAGUGGUUAGUUUGGUCAUGUCUAGAAAAAAUCUUAUGUAUAAGCAUUUCUCAAAACUAAUAAUGUAAUAUAGACUAGGGAUGGCAGAAAUACAGUCAGUCACCUAAUUAUUAUAUCUAUAUAGACGCGUUACAUUUGUUCAUAGUUCAUACUUCCCCGGCACCGCUUACCUCGUAGCGUUACAGUUCGGUUUGCCUUACGAACUUACAGCCACCAUUCAUUAAGAAGCAUAUAUUCGAGCUUCGUGCUUUAUCCGCCUUAUCUAAUAAUAUUUAUCAAUUAUUAAUUAAUUAAUUUAUACUAAUUAAAAUGAUAUGUUCCGUUUAAUUGAAACAUGUUAGCCAGUGCUAGUUGUUAUAAUAAUCAAUUAUGAUCUGUAACAUUAUUUUAUUACACACAGAACGCCGCUACCGCGUACUGUUCAAGUACUGUUAAAGCGGGUUCACAUCCGCGAGCUCUGCCGACAGUGCUCGUGUCGUACCUUCGACUAAAUUGAUUGAUGACCCAUUUUGUUGGUAAUACAUUUAAAAUCAUAUAAACAGUUGUAUAACAAUUGGUGGAUUGUCAGUAUCUAAUAAAACGAACUGACUCUAAUCUCAUACAUUGACGCUGAAUCAAUGUGUCGGUUGUAGACUUGGCCGGUCCACGGUUAUAACAUUGUUCGUUUAGGUGUAUAUAACACAAAAUGAGUUUUCAUUUACUUAUAAGUCAAUUUUAAAUAUUUUUAUUUAAAUAUAGGAUUUCAAAUCGAAAAAGCAUACCUCAGACUUGAGAAGAACGGGCGCAAAAAACUCAGCAGCCUUUUUUCGUAAAUAAUGUAGGUAUUAUCGUACAAUAAAAUUGACUAUUUAGCCUGUAGGCGGUCGCUCCUUUCCCAAAGUGUGGUAUCAUUAAGUCAUUUAUUUUAUAACUAGUACAAAACAGCACUGAUCACAGAAGUACGUAUUACAUGCUUGUUCGUUGUACUCCAAUGUUGUGGACCCUCGCAGUGUGUGUACCUCUUCUUCUCGCUUUACAGGAUUGAAGUGAUCAUCUAAUGUGAAGUAUAUAAUUAAUAUAGAUAAGUGUAGUAAAAUGUCCAAUACCAAUACCUACAUUUGACUGUUGUUCUUGUAAUUUUGUUUAAAUUACCUAUUAAAUAUUAAGUAUUGUAAUUUGAUUAAUUUAAUAAUAUUAUUGACAUAUUUUGUAUAAUUUAAGACAAUUAUCACAAUUGAUUAUGAAAGUUAUUAGAUACUAAUUGUUUUUGAAAUAAUUUUUUAUAAUGAAUACAAUUAAUAUAAUAUAUUGAAUUGGAUUUUUA